AGGAAAAAGUGGCUGGAGGAGGAUAUAAUAAUCCCUUGCAUCAUAUUUUAUGAUCACAUGACCUCAUACAAAUGAUCACAUGAUCUCAUACUAGAAGUGUGUGGUAUCAGUCCCUAUAUUAGAGCUUUCAGUAGCAGCCGGGUAAUGGAGUUGUGCCCCAGAGUCUGUGUGAUGUUUCUGUAUGUAUUCCUGCUGCUCAGUGUCUUUAAAGCAAAGGGAGAAAAGGCUAAAUGUCAAAUCAUCGGGAGCCCAGAGCCCCCAAUGCUCUCCAAGGACGGAGAUGUUAUAAUUGGAGGAGCUUUUUCAAUUCACAGCAAAAUUACAUUACAGAAACUGUCUUUUACUGAAAAACCACAACGUCUUGCCUGCACCAGUUUAAACUUAAGAGAAUUUCGGUUUGUUCAGACCUUUAUCUUUGCUGUUGAAGAAAUAAACAACAGUACCCUUCUUCCUAAUAUUUCAAUUGGAUACAGAAUAUUUGAUAGCUGUGGUUCAACACUAGCCUCUAUGAGAUCAGCCAUGGCUUUGAUAAACGGUCAGGAACUUACAGCACAAGAAACCUGCUCUGGGCACUCAGAAGUGCAAGCUAUCAUAGGAGAAUCGGAAUCGUCCUCAACCAUCGUGAUGUCUAGAGCAACCGGGCCAUUUAAGAUUCCAGUGAUCAGUCACUUUGCUACCUGUGCUUGUCUGAGCAACAGAAAAGAGUAUCCCUCCUUCUUCAGAACCAUUCCCAGUGAUUACUAUCAGAGCAGAGCACUGGCUCAGCUGGUCAAGUACUUUGGCUGGACCUGGGUAGGAGCAGUCAGGAGCGAUAACGACUAUGGCAACAAUGGCAUGGCCACAUUUGUGGAGGCAGCAAGAAAAGAGGGAGUAUGCAUUGAAUAUUCUGAGGCUAUUCUAAGAACAAAUUCCAAAGAAAGCAUUGCUAAAGUUGUGGAAGUGAUCAGAAAAGGCACUGCUAAGGUUCUAGUAGCCUUUCUGGCCCAGAGUGAAAUGGACGUGCUGUUAGAAGAGGCUCUAGCUCAGAAUGUGACAGGGCUCCAGUGGAUAGGCAGCGAGUCCUGGAUUACUGCCAGGUAUCUGGCAACUGAAAGGAUUUCGCACGUUAUCAGCAGCGCAAUGGGAUUCACAAUCAAUAAGUCUAAAAUUCCAGGCCUGAAGGACUUCCUCGUCAAGGUCCAUCCAUCUCAAAGUCCCUCGAGUGCCCUUCUCACAGAAUUCUGGGAAACAACCUUUGGAUGUCAGUUUUCUCCCAAGAAUGAGAAUGAGAAGCUUUGCACUGGUGUGGAGAAUCUCAAUGAAAUAAAUAACACAUUCACAGAUGUGUCCGAGUUAAGGAUUUCUAACAAUGUGUAUAAAGCUGUUUAUGCUAUUGCUCAUGCUGUGCACAACACACUGAGUUGCAAAGCUGAUGAAAAUGAGAUUUGUGCCCAAAAGGAGGCACUUCUUUCAAGUCAGGUCCUGCACUCUUUACAGACUGUGAACUUCACAAUGCCUACAGGUGAGGAAGUGUAUUUUAGUGCAAAUGGAGACCCUAUCGCAAAGUAUGAGCUUGUGAAUUGGCAGAAAACUGCCCCUGGAGACAUAGCCUUUGUAACAGUGGGUCACUACGAUGCCUCUCUCCCAAGUGACGAGCAGUUUGUCAUGAAAUCUGUCAAUAUAGUUUGGGCUGGUAAUAGUAAUGUGAGGCCCAGAUCUGUGUGCAGUGAGAGCUGCCAGCCAGGCUUCAGACAGGCACAAAUUAAAGGGAGGCCGCCUUGCUGCUUUGCUUGUAUACAGUGCCCUGUGGGUGAAAUCAGCAAUCAGACUGACUCUGCUGAAUGCAUCAAAUGUAAUCUGGAGUUCUGGUCAAACGAAAACCACAGCCUCUGUAUUCCGAAGAAAGUUGAAUUCCUCUCAUUUGAAGAAAACAUGGGAAUUCUCUUGACAGUGUUUUCAUUAACGGGGGUUUCUUUAACAGUAGCUGUAGGACUGGUAUUUUUCUACUUCAUAGACACACCUUUUGUAAAGGCAAGCAACAUUGAGCUGAGCUUCCUGCUGCUCUUCUCACUAAAUCUGUGUUUCCUCUGUUCACUGACCUUCAUCGGUCGUCCCUCAAAGUGGUCCUGUAUGCUGCGUCACACAGCGUUUGGGAUCACCUUUGCACUUUGCAUGUCAUGUGUUCUGGCAAGAACGAUCGCGGUGGUGAUGGCGUUCAGAGCAACAGUGCCAGGAAACAGUCUUCCUCAGUGUUCAGUACCUGUACAGAGAGUGGGAGUUUUUAGCUGCACUCUUUUUCAAGUCAUCAUUUGUGCGUUGUGGUUAGCACUAGCACCACCAGUCCCUCGCAAAAACAUGGCUCACUACACUGAUAAGAUCAUUCUAGAGUGUGAUUUAGGAUCAACUAUAGGUUUCUGGGCUGUGCUGGGUUAUAUUGGACUUUUGGCUCUUUUGUGUUUUGUUUUGGCUUUUCUGGCUCGGAAACUUCCUGAUAACUUUAAUGAAGCCAAAUUCAUCACAUUCAGCAUGCUCAUAUUCUGUGCAGUCUGGAUCACCUUUAUCCCAGCUUAUGUCAGCUCUCCUGGAAAGCUUACAGUCGCUGUGGAAAUAUUUGCCAUUUUGGCCUCAAGCUUUGGUUUACUGAUCUGUAUCUUUGCUCCAAAAUGUUACAUUAUUAUACUUAAGCCGCAGCAGAAUACUAAAAAACAUCUAAUGGGAAAAGCACAUGCAAAAUCCCAAUGAUUUUAUUCUUUCAUUGUACAAAUAAAACAAGCUUAACACUAUGUUCAUUAUAUUUAAUUUGUAAAAAAUAAAAAGAUAAGAAAUCAAAUAAAUGUACUGCAUUUUUACUUUGUUUAUUUUACUGAACAUACAUGUGCAUGCCAAAAGUCAUGGGAUAGCAGUACAGACAUUGGUCAUGAAGUGUUACCUCAGAACAGCUUGGGAAUGCCCACACACAGUUAAAAGUUGUGAGUUGUUUUAUAAAACACUGCCCAGCAUGCUCAUGGCAAGG